AUUUUGGUUCCCAUUUUACAUUACUGCUUUUCACAGUUUUCACACUAACGUAGUUUUUUUCAAAUUCUAUAGAUUCGAAAUAUUAGAAAGCCACUUCUUUUGAAAAUGACCGAGGAAAAUCGUCCUAGUAAGUAUUAAAAUCUAAAAAUUAAUCGAUUUAUCUAAUGUUCCCUUUUUUAGUUUCUCCUUUUUCACCCAUUUUGGGAUCCGAAAACUUGUUAAACAGUCAAAAUAUUCCCCACGGGUUUAUUUCAUCUACCCAAAUUGAGUAUUUGGAUAGUCAAAUGAUAGAUUUGAGUGAUGAAGAAUCUCAAAUUUCAACUUCUUCAAAUAUAAAAAAACGAAAAUUAUUCAAGGAUGAAAAUACGCCUCAAAAAAGAUCAUCUCAACAAAGCACUUCAAAUUCAAGUUUCAAACCAGAUAAUAAUACAUCGAAUAUUUCUGAAAAACUAGAUCUUAUCAUUGCGAACUUGCAUACGCUCAGCAUGAGGAUGGACAAAAUUGAGGGGCAAAUUUCUGUUCAUUGCGAGCAAUACUCGCAAAAUGUAGCUGAAAGCGAGGCAAAACAGUAUGCUGAAAAUAAAAUUCUAAGAGAAAACCUCAUUAUUAAUCGCCACGUCCAAAAAAUGGUGUCAAGUUUCACUGGCGAUGAAAGUAAUGAGAAUAACAAUGAAAUAGAAGCAAUUUUCCCAAUGAGUACAAUGGCACAAAUGAACGACAUGGAGCUGCGUCUUAAAGAUGCGGAGUUUGCUGGAAAAUUGGAAUUAUAUUUGAGAAGGUACAGCACGAAACUAGAAAAAGUUUUCAGAUUUUUGGGUGAAGACAGUUUGUACAAGCAUUUUAAUUUGGAAGGGCGCGCCGGAAAAAAAUCUCUGUAUGAUUUUAAUUUAUACAAAAAAAUAUUUUUUGAUGCUUGCGGUACUAAAUUGGGGAAAGACCAAUUCGAAAAAGAAGUACGGAAAUGUGUACUUAAUACUCACAACCGAUGA